CUUGUUUGACAUGUUCCCUUGCUCUGAUAGUGUUGAAACUUGCCCUGACACGCAGGGAGAAGCGACAUUAAUUCCCUGGCAGUGAGGGAAGGGAUGGACUCAAUGUCCCCACCCAAACACACUCGCAUCUUCCCUUCCCUCCGUGAGCAACCCCAUCCCACUCAAAGUGGGACAAAGGGGCGAGGCCAGCUUCGUCCCUCUCACUCCCCUGGCUGAAAACACAACUUAUAAAACUCCUGAGCUGAGGGGCACGGAGCCAGAACUUCAACUCGGGCUGUUUCACAGGAACCACCGCCAGCAGCAACAACAAAACGAAAACAAGAUAACGAGGGGGGUGGCGAGCCGAGCUGCAUAUGCACAGGGAUCACUGAGGGUGAGACGCCAACUCCCCAGAGCCCAGUCGCAGAGGCAGGAGGAGGUGAGUCAAUGCGGGGGGUCCCCAGCGCCUCACUCUGUCCCCGCUCUGCCACCGAUAAUUCAGGUGUCCCAGAUUUCCCAGAGAUGAAGAGCUCUCUAUGAUACGUGGAAUCUUUGGGAGAAAUACUUAUUAUUGCUUUUCAGGUGGACUGGCAUGGAUAAAGGAAAAGAACAGAAACACUACAACCCCCCUAGCACUCUAGUUUCCUUUUUGAAGCCUGGAUAUUCUCAAACAUAUCAAGGGCUGAUUUUACGUCUUGCCCUAGACUGACAUUCACUGCAGCAACAGGGAGACACAUCGAGUUGGAAGGGAAGAUGGUGACUUGCCACUAUAACAAAACAAUGAACUUUUUCUACAAUCUCACAACUAGCUCAGAGGUACAGGAAUGGAGCAUCCGCCAUUACCUGGGUUUGGGUUUUGGUAUAGUUUGCUGCCUGUUUAUCUUCCUGUGUAACACCAUGAUCGUAAUCGCUGUGAUACGCAACCGUCGGUUCCAUUUCCCUUUCUUCUACUUGCUCGCCAAUCUUGCGUCUGCUGACAUUUUUGCCAGCCUGGCCUACGUCUUCCUGAUGUUUAACACGGGCCCAGUUUCGAGGACACUGACAGUGCAUCGUUACCUGCUGCGUGAGGCCCUACUGAACGUGAGCUUCUGUGCAUCACUGUACAGCCUGCUGGUAAUUGCCAUCGAACGCUACCUCUCUGUCAUCAAGAUGAGACUCCACAGCAGCCUAUCAAAACGUCGGGUCACUCUCCUGGUCCUGGUUAUCUGGGGAACUGCGGUCUUCAUGGCUACCAUCCCCAACAUGGGAUGGAAUUGUAUCUGUGACAUCAGCACCUGUUCAUCACUGGCCCCCAUUUACAGCAGGAGUUUCCUGAUAUUCUGGGCUCUAUUCAACCUCUUCAUGCUUGGCUUUGUUGUAAUAAUAUAUCUGCGGAUUUAUAUCUACGUCAGAAAGAAAACCUUGAAUUUGAUGUCUCACACGACUGGCUCCAUCAAACGCAACAAAAUGCCUAUGAAGCUGAUAAAGACCAUUGUGACAGUUCUGGGUGCUUUUGUUUUUUGCUGGACUCCUGGGCUGGUGGUGGUCCUUUUGGACGGUCUUUGCUGCUCUAGCUGCCAUCUGCUGAGUGUAAAGAUUUGGGUCCUGCUGCUGGCCUUGACCAACUCUCUGAUGAACCCAAUCAUUUACUCCUACAAGGACCCAGACAUGUGGCAUGUGAUAAAGCAAAUGCUCUGUAUUGUCUGUAGGAACAAGAUCGAAGUGGAGCAGGAUACAUUGAGGUCCACCUCACACCGGCAAAGUGUCGUCUCUGAAAACGCUGACUUGAGCAUUAGUCACGCUCAGCUGCAGGUGAAACCCUGAAACGGUCCAGGCUGUGUGCAAGAUUGUCUCGGUGGUUCUGAGUGUUGUAGAGACCUGUCAACAGAUCUCUUAGUUCACACAAAGGACAAGGGAAACUUUGCAAGAUUUUUACUGAACUUGUUUUGCAGUCACAGUUGGAAUUUAGUAUUGGGCUGUGGAAUCUAAUUCAUUUUGUUGAAUUAGUAUCAGGAAUCUGGUGGGUUCUGAGAAGUGAAAACAUUUUUUUUUAUUUCUAAAAGGGACUUCUUAGAUAAAUGCUGCACGUUUAUCAGUCCUGGAAUACGUAGUCAGCAUUUUGUAACUUGAAGCGUGUUGUGACUUUAUUGUCACCAGGUUUGUUCAAAUGGACUGAAGCAGUAUUUUACUCAAUUGUUUUAGGUCUAACCUACAAAGUAGAAUGCUUCUCAGACUGUUACUCUGAGGAAUAUUUUUGAAAAUGAUUCCUGGCUUCCAGCAGAAAAGCAAGGGCUCAGUGGAACACAGGACAAGUGAGGUGUUACAAGGCCAUCAUGAUCGUGUUUACGUCCAAUAACCGCACACAACCCCUUUCUGAUUCAAAAUCAUGACUAAAUACCAUUGUCACCACAUGGACUGUGAUGGCUCAACAAAAUGAUUUUAUGCUAAGGGAGAUUUAAUACAGAGCUGAGGAGAAAUUACUUCCCUCAAAGGGUCAUGAAUCUGUGGAUUUCACUCCCCCAUAGUGUGG